AGCUAUUAACCCAGAUGUUCAAGAGACUAACGUCAAUAAUACCACGGAGCGUGGUGCCAGUACCCACACAGGCCACCAGAGCAUUCUCGUACACACCCAUAUUCCACAAGACCAACACAUCAACUCGGACCCGGGAAAAUGUCCAUGACUUGGAAACAUUUUUCACGUUGAUUGGCCGUAACUCAGUAGAGCAUUUAGAGCUCUUUGAAGGUGACUUGAACAAGUUUCUCGAAACCGACUCCAAGACAAUGAAAAACCUUGGCAUAGACACGCGUAGCAGGCGGUACUUGUUGAGAUGGAGACACAAGUUUGUCAACGACUUGGAACCUUUGAGAGAGCAUACCAGAGGUAAGAAGAAGAAUGGAGGUGAAAGAAAGGCCAAGCUUGUUAAGGCCAAGAGAACGGCUUUACAAAGAUUAGAGGAGCGGGAGAACUUCCAGAAACAAGAGUUGGAGGCAGAGGAGAAGGGAGAACGGGAUUUCUAGGUCCAUUUUUCACUGUAAAUAGAUUAAUUCACAACCACAUAU